AAUAUCUUCUCCGCCUUUACUUACCACUUCCCACUUCCUUGGAAUUUUCAUGUCCAGUUUUUGUCUUAGGAAACAUCUCAACCCUAGCUUUGCUGUCAGUUAUUAUUUGAUGUAAUAAAUCCUUUUUAUGGUAACCGAUCUGUUUAGAAGUGAAGCUAAUUUCUUCAAAGCAGCUGUGGAAGAUUUGCAGAUCUGUUGUGUAGCUUUGGAUUCUAUAAAACAUCUGUCUUCACUUCAAUCAGUCAAGGGAAACCAAAACAAGAGAGGGAAAGGGGGGAAAUAAUCAAAAUAAGUGUAUUCGACUCCUCUAACAACAACCAGCCAACCAACGUUGUUCAAAAUUGUGGCUUCCAUUUUCAGGCAAUGCUUUUGAAAGCACAGAAGCUGCAAAAAGUUUAAACGAGAAGGGGGGAAGGCUAGCCUCCUGACUAGGACCGCGAUAUAUCAAAGCGUAAAGAAAAGUCUUUUUGCACUGUUCAUAGAGCUGAACUACUGUCUGUGUAAUCGUCAUCAAUGCAUAGGACAUUUCAGCUUCAGCCCCACCUGCAUUUGGUCGCUUAAACAUUUUUCCAAAAAUCCCAGAUUUCCUUUCUCCCUUUCCGAGCGAAACAAACAAUAUAAGAAAAGUUAAGAGGGGGUUUGUGAGAAAGGAAUGAAAGUGGAAUGGAGGUAGAUGAGAUUCAGACACAAGCUUCUAAGUUCUCAAGAAUUGACAAUGGUGGGAGAAGUGAGUCAAGCAAGAUAGGUCAGAAAGGCAGUGACAACUACACUGAUGAUAAAGAAGAUAGAGCGCUCAUCAAAAGGGCUAGUGCAAAUUAUGGUGGAAUUGAUGGUCUAGGCGAUGUUAACAGGCUUCGAGGUUGGCACCAUUCCUCGAGAAUUAUUAGGGUUUCUCGAGCCUCCGGCGGAAAAGAUCGGCACAGCAAGGUCUGGACUUCAAAAGGGUUAAGAGACAGGAGGGUGAGGUUAUCUGUCACCACAGCUAUACAGUUUUAUGAUCUACAAGAUCGGUUGGGGUAUGAUCAGCCUAGUAAAGCAAUAGAGUGGCUAAUUAAAACAGCCGCUGAUGCAAUUGCGGAGCUUCCUUCACUUAACACUUCCUUUUCUGAUACCCCAAAGCAAUUAAGUGAUGAGAAAAGAGCAAGUGGGGGAACUGAACAAGGGUUUGACUCGGCUGAUGUCGAGUUAAAUGGUGAACCAAAUAACUACCAACAAAACCAAAGUCAGCAGCACCUUUCUUUGUCCAAAUCAGCUUGCAGUAGCACGUCUGAGACUAGUAAGAACUCGGAUUUAUCCCUUCCGCGGUCCGAGAUCCGCGUGAACUGUGUAAAGGCCCGGGAACGGGCAAGGGAAAGAGCAGCAAAAGAAAAGGAGAAAGAGCAAAAGUCACCCAUUCCUCAUCAACAAAAUGUGAACCCCAUUUCUCAAAACUCUUCCUUCACCGAGUUACUCACCUCCGGCAUCGUCAGUGUCUGCAACAAUGGCACUAAUCCUACAGCUUCAGCUCAUCAAAACCCCAGGCUGUGGUCUGUCACUCAAAUGGAUUACUUCACAACGGGGCUCCUCGGACCUUCUUCUUCUUCUAGAAAUCAUUCUGCAGGUUUUCCUGGACAAAUCCAACAAGGAAACCCUUUUCCCCAACAAAUAUUAAUACCACCAUUCACCGAGUCGGGUGAAAACCAUCAAGAAUUGCAGCAUUUUUCGUUAGUUCCCAAUACUGAUCAUCUGAUCCCGGUGGCAGCAACACAAGCGGUGCCAGGGGGUGACUACAAUCUCAACUUCACAAUAUCUUCAGGCCUUGCUGGUUACAAUAGGGGGACCCUUCAGUCCAAUUCUCCUUCCUUUUUCCGUCAUCACCUCGAGAGGUAUUCUUCCAUAGACGGAUCACCACCCUUCUACAUUGGCACACCACCGGUGGAGAACCAUCACCACCAGUUCCCAGCUGGACUAGACGGCCGCUUGCAGCUCAGCUACGGGGAUGGAAGCAGGAGCUCAGAUCAGAAAGGAAAAGGAAAGAACUAACCAGUUUACUGGAAACGUUCCAUCUUGCUCCAUAUUUCCCUGAAAAGAGAAGAUGGAAGCAGUG